CCCGCCCUUUGACUCACCUCGCUCAGAUGUUUUUUUUGUGUGUUUCUGGUUUGUUUAUGACGCGGGUCACUGUCUCCGUUAGCUUGACAGCUGACCAAGUAUAUGCUGUUGUAAAAACGCGCUUUAUUGGUGCUUUCAUAGAAAAUACUGUGCUGUGAAGGAGACAGAUUUAUAAGAGGGUAGAAAGCUAGCAGCAGUAGGCGUUGGUCCGCCGUGCGAGUAGAUUACAUUUGUUAGCCUAGCAUUUUGACUAGCAUACUGUAACGUUAUGCCGUGACGUUGGACAGAAAAAGUGGUUGACGACCCCGGGGGAAAGUAGUUUAAAUUAUAAUACAUACACAGAGAGCACAAGUGCAUGUGUGUGGCACUUUGAUUCGCAGGUUAGGCUUUUAAACAGCUGCCUGGCGACUAUAUUUGAGUAGCUUGUAAGCUAAAUUCAUGUUAGCAUGGCGUCAGAUACAAGUGACACCGAGGAAUUCUAUGAUGCUCCUGAGGACGUUCACUUUACUCCAUCUCCAAAAGUGUCACCUGCAAAGUUUUUCAUUCCUUCUCCCAAGCUUUCACAGAGACCAGUAAACGCUGCACAAGAUGUGAGUUGCGGAGUGGCCGCAUCCGAGAAUCAGCAAGAUGAUCCCCUAAUGAUCAUUGAUAGCAUCAUUGAGGAGAGUCAAAAGGGAAGUGCUGGUGAAGUGGCCGAGGUGGCUGAGCUGUUGGAUCAGCUUCAUGUUGAUGUGAGAGCGGAACCGGAGGCGGAGGAAGAGGAUAAUGCUCAGGAAGUUCCUGCGGGGCUAGCAGCGCCGGCUGUCCAACCUCAACCUGUGGAGAGGCCAGAGGAUCAACAGGAAAGUGCUGCAAUAAACGGAGCAUGCUCCAUACCUGAACCCGCAGACCUCCCAGGGCCAUCAGUCGGCUCUCAAGAAGGCGUUCAGCUCCCAGACAUCACCAGCACCGUCAGACUGAGUCACCCUGGGGGUGCUGGGGUGGAUGGUGAGGGGGAGUGGGGGCACAGACCUGCAGAUAUCUUAGACCAGGUCCCAUUCGCAGAUGGGUCGGCUGACUCGGACUCCUCUGGUCCUCUGAAACCCCCGCGGAAAUUCACAGCGGAACCAGACAUUGUAGCAAGCACCAAGAAGCCUCCUCCCUCUCGCCCCCCCCCUCCCAGCGGAGGACCUCCACCCAGGCCGCCCCCCCCAGCUUGGCAGACUCUACCUUCCAGGAAGUCUCAGGAGUGUCUCAGACCAAGUGGACUGGAAGUGUCUGCAGGCGGCUGUGAGGUCCUGGAGCCGUCCGGCCUAGUGUCUCCCAGCAGCACGGUGAGGAGCCUCACCAAAGAGCUGCAGCAUUCCUUGGAUCUGGCCAGCGCCAUCAGUGGAGACAAAGUGGUCACAGCGCAGGAAAAUGAGGAUGGCCGGGCCUCGUUUGACGACGGAGGAGAAACUCCAGGCUCCCAGCGGCCACGUUCCCACUCUGGUAGAGAACUGACAGAUGAAGAAAUCCUUGCCAGUGUGAUGAUCAAGAAUUUGGACACUGGAGAAGAGAUCCCUUUAAUCCAGGCAGAGGAGAAACUUCCUGCAGCGAUAAACCCCCUCACUCUGCACAUCAUGAGGAGGACCAAGGAGUACAUUUCGAAUGAUGCAGCGCAGUCGGACGACGAUGACAAGGCUCAGGCUCCUCUGGCGGACACAGAUGGAGGAAAACUCAAACAGAAAACGACCCAGUUUAAAAAGUUCCUGGGCAAGUCUGUGAAGAAGGCCAAGCAUCUGGCUGAGGAAUACGGAGAGAAGGCAGUCAACAAAGUGAAAAGUGUGCGAGAUGAAGUGUUCCACACAGACCAGGACGAUCCGUCAUCGAGUGACGAUGAGGGCAUGCCUUACACCCGGCCCGCCAAGUUCAAGGCAGCACACAGCUUCAAGGGCCCCUUUGACUUUGAUCAGAUUAAGGUUGUGCAGGACCUCAGUGGAGAGCACACGGGGGCCGUGUGGACGAUGAAGUUCUCUCACUGCGGGAGGCUGCUGGCCACAGCCGGCCAGGACAAUGUGGUUCGCAUCUGGGUCUUGAAGACUGCUUUUGACUACUUCAAUAAUAUGAGAAUGAAGUACAACACUGAAGGUCGAGUUUCACCGUCUCCUUCUCAGGAAAGUUUAUGCUCCUCUAAAUCUGACGACCACCUGGCAAGUUGUGCUCCAGAGGACCCAGACACAGAAGAUAGAAACGCCCCUUUCCGUCAAAUUCCCUUCUGCAAGUAUAAAGGCCACACGGCGGAUCUUUUGGACUUGUCCUGGUCAAAGAACUUCUUCCUGCUCUCCUCUUCCAUGGAUAAAACGGUGCGAUUGUGGCACAUAUCGAGGAGAGAGUGUCUCUGCUGCUUUCAGCACAUUGAUUUCGUCACAGCCAUUGCUUUCCACCCCAGAGAUGACAGAUACUUUUUAAGUGGCUCUCUGGAUGGGAAGCUACGACUCUGGAACAUUCCUGACAAGAAGGUGGCGCUGUGGAACGAGGUGGACGGCACAACACGCCUCAUCACGGCAGCUAACUUCUGCCAAAAUGGGAAGUACGCCGUCAUCGGCACGUACGAUGGCCGAUGCAUCUUCUAUGACACGGAGCGUCUGAAAUACCACACUCAAAUUCAUGUGAGGUCCACUAGAGGCAGGAACAAAGUAGGACGCAAAAUCACCGGCAUUGAGCCCCUACCUGGAGAGAACAAGAUUUUGGUGACCUCAAACGAUUCCCGCAUCCGCCUUUAUGACCUGAGGGACUUGUCUUUAUCCAUGAAAUACAAAGGUUAUGUCAACAGCAGCAGCCAGAUCAAGGCCAGCUUCAGUCAUGACUACUCCUUUAUAGUCAGUGGUUCAGAGGAUAAGUACGUGUACAUCUGGAGCACUUACCACGACUUGAGCAAAUUCACUUCUGUACGACGGGACCGCAAUGACUUCUGGGAAGGAAUUAAAGCACACAAUGCAGUGGUCACCUCAGCAGUUUUUGCACCCCACCCAGGCCUUAUUGUUCCGCCAGAACCUGGAGCAGACAAACCAGAAGCAGAGUGUAAGAGCCUGGACUCCACUGACUCUGAAACCAUACCCUCAGGUACGUUUCCCUUUACGGGCAGAUUUCACAACAUCAAGACAUUUCGGUACUUUAAAUUGAGUGUUGUCCUUUGUAGGAGCCCUAAAGACGGAUCACACAGAGGUUCUACUUUCUGCUGACUUCACUGGAGCCAUCAAGGUUUUCAUCAAUGUAAAAAAGUACUGAGCAUUGCAGAGGCUGUCAGCUCCUCACACUCAGGCAGACUGCAGGAAAUCGCUCCUGAAGACGAAGGAGAGUCUGUCAGGGGCCUUCUGACGUCACCCACUACCUAACGGUUAUCGCUCUGUGACAAAGAGCCGUCUGUAGCCUUCUUUCAGGAAAACAUGGACCCUAACAUAGAAGGGAAUAGACUGUACAAUACAGAGGAGGUGUGAAUCCCGGUCACGUUUCUAUUUUUUAUCUUGAAUACCAAGCAACUGUGAACAGUUCUGCGCUAAGGGAAAAAAGAGCCAGAAAUGCCAAGCGUGUGUGUUGUCUGUUCAGAAACAUACGUGUUCAUUUACAGCUGUGUGGUCCGGAUGGAGUAUGGCAAGAUUAGGUUAUUUUGUAACAGUAUGGGCACCUUACUAAUUUCUUUUGCUCCCACGUUUUAGAAAAGCUAAGUCCUAAUGUCAGUCACACAUUUACGUGUCUUAAAGAGAUGUAACCAUUUGUCUGAAGCAAGGUGGUUUGAAAUGAUUUGUGCCUAAAUCUAGAUCACUUUUCUAAAUUAAACUUCUAAAUCUUAUUUCUGUAAUUUAUCGAACAUUUUAGCAGAUGACAGCAAAUCUACGGUACAUGAAAUCAGUAUACGGCUAUUAUUGAUUUGGGCUGGGUAUCUUUAAAAAUGGUCAAGAACAAUAUUGGCUCUUAAAGACGUUUUGAUAUAUUUUUUUCCAAUGAAAGCACAUGUCAUUAUUAAUGUUACUGUAAAUUCAGUGUAACAUUGCAUACUUGCUGCUUUUGUAAACGGAACCAAAUAAUGCUCUAUUCAUUUACUCAAGUCCACACAAACUAGAGGAAUGCGUGUUGACGACAUAUUUUACAUAAAAAAAUUACCAGUAAAAGUAGUUGAUACCUGGCCCUACAAAUCAUCUCCUCCACACACACGUUGUAUCAACAUCCGUGAUUUAUUUAGUGUCAGAACUCUGCAGCAACAUUUCAGCUUAUCAUUUUAAAAACAAACAUUAAAACAAAAAUAUAUAAUUAGUUACAGUGUUCAAACUUCAUCAUACAAAAAAAAGAGUGCAGAGUCUUGCAUGGAGAGUGAGUUGGGACCAAAAGAGCGGACAUGUUCGUCUGUUUUAAAGAGCGCUGUGUAACCCAUGGAUACCAGCAGGGCAAUGGAUGAGAGUCAGUGUUUGCUCUUCUUUGCUUUCUUAUGGGAGCGAUGUGGCGACCGCGACCUGGACUUCCUGGUCUUCCGGUCUGGAGAUGGUGAUCGGGAACGCUUGGACCAUUUGGGAGACCUUGUCCUGUUUAAAAAGGAUUGAAAGUUAACAGACUGACAAGAAAGAAAGACGUUAUGGAUGAAUGCAUUGGCUCCACAAAUAAAUGUCUUGGCACUUGCUUUAAAGGAGAGAUGCUCCUCGACUUUCGGGCGUGGUCGUCUGGAUCUCGACUCCUUCCUCGUCUCCUGACGCCCUCUACACUUCGUUUGCUCCGAUCUCUGUCCCUCCUGUCAUCCUUCGACCUGUCUUUGGGCUUUGAUGUCAGUCUCUCGUUUUUGUCUUCAUCUUUUUCAAACUCCUAUAGUAGACACGGUGAAACAUCCCAAUGAAGUCAGAUAAAAGGCUUUUAUUGUUUUUGUCUGUUGAGAUGCAAAAUACGACAACUGGCUUGUAAUCAAUUACUAAUUCAACUAAAACAUAGUGCAGGUUCUCCACAAGGGGGAGCUGUUUAGUUUGUGCGACCCAUUUAACACAUGCUCACCCACACCUACAGAAAUGAAAGAUAUCAGCAUUAACACUUACAGGCAGGGUAACAGUUUUUUCAAGCAGUGUAACUGAAAUACUACAACCUCAAAAGUAUUUGUAUAUCAAAUACUCACCCUGGGUUAACUAUAAUUCAUAACAAAAACUAAUCACAAAAAAUGUAGAAAAUUAUUUUUGAAUUGAGGGAAAUGGUGGCCUUAUUUAAAAGAAAAGAUAUUUUGAAACAUUUUCCAAGAGUUUUAACUGGAAAUGCGUGAGCGGAAAUGCAUGUGUUUUGUAAGUAGUGAGCAUUCUUCUGGGAGAUGAAACUUUUUGAAGAUGUUUGUUGAUUAAGUUUUGCUGUUGAUCAAAGCCCCAAUUUACCCUUUUUCAAGAAUAAUUUUCUGUAUUUUUGGGUACAUGCAAUGAUAUAAAUGUGUUCUUCAAAAUACCACAGGGUUAGUAAUUGAAAAUGGGUAUUUUGUGGGUAAAAUAUUCAGAAACUACUCAAAAGAAUCGGUUUAUAGUAAAAAAACUUGGAAAACACAUUAGGACACAAACAGCAGCUGAAGCUAGACGCUCCCUCUCAGUUGGUGCAGAUCUAAAAUGGCUUGCUACCUGGCUUUGCAGUUUCACUUUGGGCGUGUCUGUAACACUGUUUUUUUUACCGUGCCAACUGACUAAUUUCACAGUCUAAUUUUAAUGUACUAAUAGCAAGCACUUUUGUAAAUGUUGCCCCAUGCUGUUCCUGAUUAAAGAAAUGUUUCUAUUA